AUGAUGAAUAAUGAACCAGCUCAAGUGUCCCAAAGGGAAACAACAAUUGAGGAGCUGAAACAACAGCGUGGCUCAUCUAAGGAGCUGGCCGAUCCAGAGUUUCAUCGUCGUCGAGGAAUUGAUAUGCUACUUGGAGCAGAAUCUUUCUUCCAACUUUUGUCCGUUGGUCAAAUAAAACUUGGAAAUAACUUGCCCACAUUACAAAAAACACUUUUUGGUUGGAUUGUCUCGGGGAAGUAUACCAGCAAUAAAAACAAUACACAACAAUCAACUUACUCUAUUGUGCAAAGUGAGAAUAUUUUCCAAGAACUAAAUAAAAAUAUGGAGAUGUUAUGGAAAAUUGAUACGGUGGAAAAUAAGCGUCAGAAAUUGUCUCUGGAGCAGCAAAAUUGCGAGCAGCAUUUUCUGAAAAAUGUCUCAGUUCAAAAUGAUGGACGUAUUAUGGUGAAGCUGCCCCUAAAAGGUGAUCCAAAUUGUCUUGGCAAUUCCCGUGAUAUUGCACUACGACGUUUCUUUUCCAUGGAGCGAAAAUUAAACAAAAAUCCAGACUUGAAAAAUGAAUACUCAAACUUUCUCAGGGAAUAUGAAGAAAUGGGUCACAUGUCGCAGGUGAAUGAAGCGGAAGUUGGUUUUCCUAAUUAUUACAUACCACAUCACUGUGUUCUUCGACCAAAUAGUGUCUCCACGAAACUGCAUCAUGUCAUACUUCUUCUCAAUUGUCCCUGA